GACACCCUGGGCGUCGUCGUCGUCGACCACGGGUCGAGACGGAAAGCGUCGAACGAACUGCUGGCGCGUCCGUCGUCCGAAUUCGUCAGGAUGUACGUGGAACACACCGGGAGGGGGCUCGUGGAGCUGGCGCACAUGGAGAUCGCGGAGCCGUCCAUCGACGUCGCGUUCGCGCGGUGCGUCGAGCGCGGCGCGACGCUCGUCGCGGUGAGCCCGUUCUUUCUCUCGCCGGGAAGGCACUGGCAAGAGGACAUCCCGAAGUUGACCGCGGCGGCGGCGGGGAAACAUCCGGGGGUAAAAUACUUCGUCGCCGCGCCGAUAGGGCUGCACCCGCUGAUGAGCACGAUCGUGGACUCGAGGCUGGAGACGUGCGUGAAGCAUCUCACGGAGGGGGGGGGGAAGUGCGACCUGUGCGAA